CCCCAGUGCCUGCAAAGGAGAACAAGGCAGAAGAAGACCUUAUUGAAUUCUAGAAAGUUAGCUAGCUUAUCAGUGUGGAGUGUGAACCCCCCAUUUCGGCGUUUAAAAUCCACCAAAAACGUCCAUAUCCCCGUUGUAUCGUUUUGACGUUCAAAGAUAAAUCCAAAAUUGUCUUCUCAUUUCUAAAUGUCUUACGACGACCCUGUCUCUCCUAGAGAUAUUCCUCGGCGAAGGCCAUCCUUUGCCAGCAACUUAGCGCAUAGUGUAGAAUCCUGGAGCUCAUCCUAUGCUAGAUCGCUUCAUUACUUGAGGUAUGCGUCGGCAGUAAAAAAAACUUUUGUUCCCUUCCUAGCACUGAACUGCUAUGUAUUGUUUCUUUUGCCCAUAGUGAAAACCUAACCGGAGUCCAUGACAUUGACGCCGAUGAAGAGAUACAAAACGUGGUGUUUGGAACGAACAAUGCAUCCCCUUCUGUCCUCCCCAGACAACUUCCUCCCAAUAUCAAUACCUCAUACUCCACAUUGAAUGAUGAUCAAAUUGACGAACAUACAUCCUUGUUACGGCGGAACCCCUCGGUGCAUUCUGCCAUAUCGACUAGUUCGGCUUGGUCUUCGACUACGGUCGAUACCCAAUUGAAAAGCA